AUUAGUAUGUAAUGUACUACAUUGUACGAAACUACGAACUAUUAUAACUAUUUAUUUUUCGCGAAAAUGCCGAGAAAAUGCUCUGUAAAUGGCUGUACGGGAUUAUCAGAGGGAAAAAAAAAUACUUUAUUUAAAAGGCCAAAAGAUGUGUCUGGUUUAAAUGCUUGGAAUGAGGCAAUUUCAAAUGCCAAUGGUCAAAAUUGUUUUGCUACAUUUGUUUGUGAAAAACAUUUUAGAAAUGAAGAUAUUAUUUAUGAAUAUGCUAAUCAUCCAAAUAAUAUGAACGGAGAAAUGAAACGCACUAUACCUCAAUUAAGGCGUGGUGCUGUUCCAUCAAUUUUCUCUUCUUACAUUGGUGAACCCUUAGUUAUUAAAAAAAACAGACCAUCAUGCAGUAAACAGUUAAUAUGGAAAGAUAUUCCUGCUACUAUAUCUGUGAAUGAUGUUAGUGAAGCUAUUCAGAAAUGUGAACAUGUACCUGAAGUAAACACCUUUGACAAUCUUUUAAAUGUGUAUAAACAUUUGAAAUUACCAAUGGUUUGGUUGUCAUAUGGAAAUGUGAAAGCAGUGACAUUUUAUUUAUUAAGACAUACAUUUAAUGGUGAACAACUUAUUGCUACAAUUGAAAAACAAAUAACAUUUACGUCUGAACAUGAAAUUGGAUUUUACAUAAUGAACAAUUAUCCUAUAAAUUAUAACAAUCUUGGUUUAGGUUAUAAAUUGGCUUUUCCACUUAAUGAAAAAAAUAUUGUAGAGUCAAUUGAACAUUUUAAUAAUAAAAUAGUUUGCUGUGGUGGUCCUCAUGCAUCUAAUUUUUCUGGUAUUCAAAUUAAAACUGCAACUCUAGGAUUCAAUAAUAUAUGGCGCCAUGUUAAAUGUUCAAUGAUUAUUGAUUCUAACAAAAGAUGUAAGUUUUGUGAAGGUUUAUAUUCAACAUUUAGAGUUUAUAAAAAAAGAUCUUUGGAAGCAAAGUCCAAAUAUAUAGGGCCAAUUCUUACUCCAAACCGCAAAAAGAAAUAUUGUGACAUAUUAAAAAAAAAAAAAAUUUACAAAAAUCAAAUUCUAGAUUGCGAUUAAUAGUUGAAAAAAUGAAUAAUGAAUUAAAACAAAUUCACCUACAAACAAGAGAAAUGAGUGAUUCUUCGGUGAAAUUUGUAUUAAAUAAUUGUAAAUUAGGAGAGUCACAGAAAACCAUUAUUCAUGAGAUAAUUACUGCAAGUAAAUCAGAAAAUCCAAAAUGUAGAAGGUACAGCGAAGAUUGGAUUUUAUUAUGUGUAUUAUUAAAAAUUCGGUAAGAAUCAAUAAAUAUUGUAUUUUAACACUAAGUUCAAUGGAUAUUAUCUAAAGUAAAUUCAAAAUUAAAUUAUAAAUAAAUAACAUUUAAAAAUAAAUCAAAUCAAUCGUACACUGCAUGCAUGAUCAUACAUUUUGUUUAUAUUAUUUUAUAGCUCGCCAAGUACCUAUACAUUUUUAAGGGAGCAGCAUAUUUUACCAUUACCAUGUAUUCGUACGAUAAGAAGAUAUCUUUCUCUUGUAAAACCACAAUGUGGUUUUGAUGAUAAAUUUUUUUUACUUUUAAAAAAGAAAAUGGCUUUUUUAAGUAAAGAACAACGACACGGAAUGCUCAUUUAUGAUGAAAUCAUAUUGCGAGAGAGCAUUGAUGUAGAUUCAAAAACAUUGACUUAUACUGGAAUAGAGAAUUUUGGUCAAGAUUUUGAAACUUCUGGUCUAAAAGCAAACUAUGGACUAGUAAUUAUGUACCAAAGUUUAUGUGCUAAUUUUUCACAGCCAAUAGCAGUAUUUGCUUCUAGAGGACCAGUUAAAGGUGUUAAUAUUUUAUUUUCUAGGAAAUAUAUUUGUUAUUUGUAAAAAUGUAAACACAUUUAUGUAAGUUAUGGUGUAAAUUUUAACUUAUGGUGUUUUUUGUGAAUAAAUUUGUGUUAUGGUCAGUAAACAAAUGUGGAUAAAGUUAAGUAGCAUGUUUUAGUGUUGUUGUUGUGUAGUUAUUAGUUAAUGUGUGGGUUGACUGGGUACUAGCCACUAUAGGUAUACCUACCCAACUAGUAUGUAUUUCUAUUUUAACAAAGGGUUUCAGUUAAUUAUUGAAAAUAUAUAGAUAA